CUUGUUCCUAAGUACACCUACCUUCUCCUGACCGCUUUGUUGUAUUUGCCAUUCUGUAGAAGUACAACUCUCUAGAACUGUAGUACCUUCAUCAAUUUUUUUCACCAUUUCCAAAAAAAAAAACUACAAACCGACAUCAUCAUCAUCAAGAAUGUCGUCUCACAACACCACUAUUGACCGUCGUGCGGCGGGGAUCGCUGCACCUCCGCCGCCUAGCCGGCAGCUGCAGGAGCACGACCAAGGGUCGUACUAUUUUCGUCAUGCUGACAAAAUUGCUGCUGGGGGCGAAGGAGAUGCUUUUUUGGAUAACGAGCCUGAACUCGAAGUCCAAGAAGAGGAAGCUCCUGUCUCGAAGAAAAAAUCUUCUUGCUCGAUGAAUAAACCGCUGGUGAUCACCCUGAUCGUGCUCGCCGCAGUCGUCAUUAUCGGUGUGGUCAUCGCGGUUGUGGUUGUUAUGGUGAACAACAGUAAUGACGAAGUUCAACCAGAAAAUGAUCCCCCCGCGAUGCAGAACCGGGAGGACCUCGGGUCGCUUAAUGCGUUUCUCCAGGACGAGAGCAAUCGUUUCCACGAACCGGUUGUGUUAUCCGAUGGGCAAACGUACGAAAAUAAGAAGGCGGAAAAGCUGUGCGACGUCGAGCUGCAGAGUUUGCGCGAUGAGAGUGGCGAGCUGAAUCUGGAGAAACUCAACCGCUGCACGAUUGGGGGGGAUGAUCAUGACGGAGGUCAACCUGACGGCCCCGAAAGUAUGGCAGGGAAAGCAUUUAACUGUCUCAGCCUUAUUUUCACAGAUCGAAAUCGACUCAGCAACACAAGAAAGGGUCGUGUUUCGAUUUCGAAUUUUUCAAACAGCUGCAACAGGUAGAGGCACGAGCACGACGUAUGAAGAGUAAGUACUACGACCACCCGAGGCCUUCUAGUUGCAUCUCCAACAUAAUAACUAGAAAAAAAGAAAAGCCGCUGCACCAUAGAAGGACGAGUUCCUGCGCAAAUAUAGAAGUUUGAAAAAACCUGAGACAGUUUUAUUUCCUCUCGAUAGACGGGAGAAUUGCUCUUUGGCCGGUGGACAUGGACCAGAUACCGCACAGAAGUGCAGCAGCUGCGGUGGUGCAACAUCAGGAAACGAAGGUAGAAGGAGCCACUGCUUCGUUUCUUCCCCGAGUGCGCCAGCAUAAAGAGGAUCACGAGCCGACUGCGGCGCGGGACCAACAUCAAGACGAAGAUGCUAGCACAGAGAAAACGGUAGUGAAACGGGUCCCGAAGAUGUUUCCCAAUCACAACCUACAAGCCUUUUACACUGCCUGGAACGACGCCGAGGGGCAUCCCAGUACUCACUUCCAAGACUCAAACAACAUUCCCGAGGUGCUUCUGUGUGAGACGAAGCACCUCGAGACCGGCUUUGUGGUCGCGAACAGCAAGGCUUUGUGCAGAUACCCGGCGAUCGACACUGAGGGAAGGACGUGGAACAUGCCGGAAGUCUGGUUGUUGACGGAAGAGGAGCAGGAGCUGCUAGCUAAAAAUACUAGUCCGGUUUAUUUCAUGAACGAAACGCUGCAACAGUUGGCGAAUGCCUACAGGACCUUCCACAACAUGGCCGUGCCCCCGACGCAGCCUGUCCCUAGAGAGGAUAUUCCUGUGCUGCCUCUUGUUCCUUCCCCGUUCCCCCGGCCGGGCGGCGAUGGAAACAAUGGGGGCACUAAUGGUGCUGCUGGUGGUGUGGCGAAUAUCACUCCUAGUGGUGGCGUCCACGCCGCUGCCCCCGGAGGUGCUAACGGUGGUACUGGUGGUGUGGCGAAUAUCACUCCUAGUGGUGGCGUCCACGUCGCUGCCCCCGGAGGUGCUACCGGUGGUGCUGGUGUGGUGAAUAUCAAUCCUAGUGGUGGCGUCCACGUCGCUGCCCCCGGAGGUGCUACCGGUGGUGCUGGUGUGGUGAAUAUCACUCCUAGUGGUGGCGUCCACGUCGCUCCUCCCCCCGGAGGUGCUAACGGUGGUGCUGGUGCCGUGCAUGUCAAUCCUGGGAAUAUCCAUUUUGGGAACGGAGGACAUAUGCCUUCGCCUGUUCAUGGAGGCACUAUUGGAGGCGCUUUUGGAGGUGCUUUUCGUUAAGAAAUUUACCACGCAUGUUGAUGAAGAGAUGAACCCAUAGAAGAUGAUAUAGGAACCACAACUAGUACUAGAUCAGCUUGCGCUUCUAUCGCAGCAUUUCUUCUACCAAGAUUGCUGCUAUUACUAUUUCACUGCCACAUUUUUAUAUCGGCCCGACACGACGACGCCGUCGUGAGUGGGAUGCUUUGCAAAUCGUUAGAAGAUUUCAGAACUUUUUGGCUUAGACGAAACCAACUCCAGACUCAAGUACUGCAUCUAAAUAAUUCUUUCAGGGUCUAUUUUGAUUUUCGAGAGUGUUUUCAAAAGUUGUACUGUUGUGUCUUGCGACGUGUAUGAUUUUAUUUUAGACAGCAGCAAAUCAGUGCUAUGCCUGUCUGUGCCUCUUCAUUCUAAUAGGUGCAGGAAAAUCAGGAUAUCACAGGGGCCGCGGGCGGUUCCGCUCCAAUGAAUCAGAAGCAGUACAUGUACAGCUAAGUAAGUGAUAUCUCCAGGCCGGGACAAAACCAACAUGAUGAAAAGGAGGACUGUGAUGCACUUGAUUUAAGUACUAGAAUCGCAAUCGAAAGGAAAGACGUAGUUUGUGCCCAAGACAGCGAAGAGCGCGUUCUUCAUGUUUGUGCGUUAUGUAACAUGGUUGAAUGCGCCUCAUAGCUACCGCAGCCACCGAUUAUGUAUCUGUAUACCGUUCUGAAAGGAGAGAUUAUUUACAACUGUUUUGGAUGUAUGAUGAUCUUAUUGUUGCAACUGUUUUGGAUGUAUUGCAGCUGUAUGAUGUAUGGAUGAUCUUAUUUUAUUUGAAACAUUGCUGUGCACUUAAAUCUUUUCUAAGUGUUGGACAAGAAGUAACGCUAUCGGCCGGGGAGACUAAGUCAGCCGAUGAUUAUUGUGAUGCUUCGCUACAAAGUCGCACCCUGCGGUGAGACGUUUUGAGCAAGCUCUCAGCUUUGGACAACAAACAUCCCUGCAGUAGGGAUUUCGUGGUGGUGGUCUACGAGAAAACAAUCUCGAAGUACGAUGUUUCUGAUUUUGGUGAAUGCGAAGGAGUGUUGUAUACAUGGCAUAGACAGUU